UAGAUGCCCAGAAUUUAUUUUUGUUAUGAAACUAUUCAAAAUCGUGUUGCAGUAGUCAAGCGUGCUGUUGGGGAAAACGCCCAUUAGGAAAACGUAGAUAAACGCGAAGAAUUUGCGGACAAUCACAUUGAGUCGUAUCUACACUCAGAAGACGUUAAAGAUGAAUUUCAAGUUUCUCGUUCUAUUGCUCCUUGUUGCUUUGUUAGCAAUUCAACACGGUGAUUCCUGGGGUCGGAGACGACGCCGGGGAAAGAAACGUAGAGGAUGGCAUACAGCAGGAAAAGUAGUUGGCGGCAUUGCUAAAGUCGGUCUCAAAUUUCUUCCAUGGGAUCGUGAUUCUUUGGAGAAACUGGCCUACCUAAAAAGCGAGGACAGCGACUCGUUUCAAGAACUCUUGGAGAAUGCGAAGCAUGAAUUCAAAGACGAAUUGUCUGAUGGUGACAUGAACAAGUUGGUUUCUACAUUAAAUGCAGUCUCUGGAAUGAAUCUGGACGAAAUUGAAGAGUAUGCUCAUAAUAUGAAAAGCAACGAUGUAGAAGUUAAUGAAAGCUUAAAGCAAGCUACUGACCAACUCCGUGAGGAAUUACUCCUGAAAACCGCAAUGAUGCGAUAAAUGAGUUCCGAUGCAAAAAAUUUGGCCAUAUUGUUUCUGAAAUCUAGCGAAAGUUAUACUAUAGUAUUUUUCUUUAUCUAGUUAUUUGAAUUAGUUGAAGCGUCUUACAUUGCGGAUUGAUUUCGAUAAUAAAUAAAUAACUAAGCGGAA